AUGGUGGGGCUGGGCUCGGCUCUGCUGGCAGCGGCCCUGGGCGGGGGGCUGUGGCUGGUGGCGCGCCGCUACCUGAGGCCCGCGGGUCGGGCCGCGGCCGGCCUCAUGCGCGGCAAGACGGUCAUCGUGACGGGCGCCAACAGCGGCCUGGGCCGGGCCACGGCCGCCGAGCUGCUGCGCCGGGAGGCCCGCGUCAUCCUCGCCUGCCGCGACCGCGGGCGCGCCGAGCAGGCCGCCGCUGAGCUCCGCCGGGAGCAGGAGCUGGAGCGGGCCCGGGCCCAGGCGCCGCCCGCGGCCGAAGGCGGCCCCGCCGGGGAGCUGGUCGUCAAGGAACUGGACCUGGCCUCGUUGCGCUCAGUGCGCGCCUUCUGUCAAGAGGUGCUGCAGGAGGAGCCCCGACUGGAUGUCUUGAUCAAUAAUGCUGGGGUCUUCCAGUGCCCAUAUAUGAAGACAGAAGAUGGCUUCGAGAUGCAGUUUGGGGUGAAUCACCUGGGCCAUUUCCUGCUUACUAACCUGCUUCUUGACCGCCUUAAAGACUCUGCCCCCAGCAGGAUUGUAGUGGUUUCUUCCAAACUUUACAAAUAUGGAGAAAUCAACUUUGAAGAUUUGAAUAGUGAGCUAAACUAUAAUAAAAGUUUCUGUUAUAGUCAGAGCAAGUUGGCAAAUAUUCUCUUUACCAGAGAACUAGCCCGCCGCCUAGAAGGCACGAAUGUUACCGUGAAUGUGCUUCAUCCCGGAAUUGCCCGAACCAACCUGGGGAGGCACAUAAACAUUCCCCUGCUGGUCAAGCCACUUUUCAAUCUAGUGUCGUGGGCUUUUUUCAAAAGCCCCUCAGAAGGAGCCCAAACCUCGAUCUACCUGGCUUCCUCAGCAGAAGUAGAGGGUGUGUCGGGAAAGUACUUUGGAGAUUGCAAAGAGGAGGACCUCCUGCCCAAAGCCAUGGAUGACUCCGUGGCAAGAAAACUCUGGGACAUCAGUGAAGUGAUGGUGGGCAUGUUGAAGUAGCUCUGGGGACAGAGACGGGCCUGUUAGGACUGGGACACUUAGACACUAAAUAAAUAUGUAGCAUAGGCCUCUUGUGUGGAAAAAAAAAAAAUCAUGGGAACCUUAAAAGGCUCCACUACUGGCGCUCACAGCCAGGUCCUCAAGGCCACAGAAAACCCGUGGUCUAAAUGCUCAUAAACUAGCCACUGUUUGUUAAGCUUUUAGCUGAGCACGUACUUGAACUAAGAACUGGGCAGUUGUGGCACUGCUAGGGGCCCCUAGGGCUAAGGAGCACCCCACUGGGAUGGGACCCAGCAUUGUUGAAAUAAACACUGUUGACCAA